AUGUCAGAAAAAUCGAAUAACCAGGUGGCAACUACUCCCAUCAGCAAUCACAUUUCCUUCAAUGCAAAAUACAUAGCCUAUGCCCACACAUUCUUUGCAACUCUGUCAUUCCUUGCGGCAUUGGCAGUAGGGUCUUACUUGCAUUACUACAAAAUUGUUGAGAAUGCUUCAUUUGGAUACCCUGAUGAAUGGUUUCCAAGUGUUUCGGCAACCAUUGGAGAUCGCUACCCAGAGAGAUCAGUGUUUCAGAUAGUGAUUGCCAUGACUGCGGGUCCAAGGUUUUUGCUACUUGCUUUCAACUUCUUUAGCUUGUACAAAGCACAUUCAUACUUGCCUUAUAUUGCCCUAGUUUCAGGCCUUUUGAGAACGAUUACGGCCGGUGGCUGGAUGUAUAUUACAUCCACCGACGACCACGAUGCACACGAUGUAUUCAUGAUUGCCUACAUCGUAUUGACAAUACCAUGGGACAUGUGUACGACUUUGCUAUCGCCAAGGGGGUCUUUUCAGAGAAAGGGUAGAUUUUACACAGGGAUCAGUUUUUUCGGCACUUUAGUUCCGUUAAUCUAUUGGUUCAUCCAACACAAAGUGCAUGUUAGACCUGGUGCUUAUUCAGUGUAUGCUUACUUUGAAUGGUCACUAAUUGGAUUGGAUAUUCUUUUCGACGCUUGGUCGGCAUUAGACUUUUCUGAUAUCGAAGUUACAAUUUCGGGUGAGGGUUUGAAGUUGAUCUCGGGGCAAAAAAAAAAGUCCAUUCAGGUGACAACGACGCCUAUAAAAUCUGUUGAAUCAAAAGAUGAUUUCUCCAGCAUUGAGGUUGUAGUCAACUUGAUCAACUCCUAUGUGUACUGGACGGUUUUAACCUCAUUAUUUUUGUGUGUUUGGUAUUUCCCAUUGUGGUAUAUGGGCAUUUCUGGGUACGAGGCAGUAGUUUUGGCCAUUUUUUUAUCGCCAAUAGUGUUGUUACCACGAAGCUUGAGAGUAUUUCUAGCUCAAUGGCCUCAAUUCACAAGAUCAUUGACAGUAAUUUGCGGAAUUGGCGCUUACAAAUUCGAAGACCCAGAACAAAAAUUGUUAUCCAUAACAGCAGGGACUGUGUUUGGUAUCAUUUCUACCGUCAACGAGUUUUGGGCAUUAUCUACGCAACCAAGGAGGCUGAACUCAUACAUUGCAACAUUCAUCUUGGGUCUCUUGACAACUUCGAUACUCAAAUUUUUGUUUUACUCGAAUAACCCUAUUUGGCCAAUUAUGCACAAGGAAAAUGGCGGCUAUAAUCCAUUGGGAAUAUUCAUUGGAUUGAUUGGCGCUUUCUUUACUCCAGCGAGCAAAGCCGAACAGACUCAUUUGAAAAAAGCCCCAGAAAAAGUUGGUGGAUCGCUUUUACUAGGAGCGAUUGGAUUUGGUGGGUAUUACUUCACCUUGCAAGCCUUGUUAUCGGACUCGGGUACAUUGGCUCUUUGGACUUGGGAGGGUUUCCCAAUAAGAGGACCAACUCCAGUGACUGGUGCAUUCCCCCACAUCCUCACAUUUGCAGUUGCUCUUCUUGUUACUAUAAAAGUACACCCAAAUGUUUUCAGCAGUUGGAGUUACAACAUCAUUGUUGGUGGUGGAAGUGCAGUGGCGUUGUAUUUUUUGAAAAACUGGGCUGGUUUCUUUGCAACGUUGGUUUUUGUAUUCUACAUUGUUUCAAUUGCUCCACUCAUUUUCCAUUCACUUACUGGUUACAACCCAGUCGGCAUCUUUUUCCUUGGACACUUUUUCAAUAUUUUGAUUUCUUUGGCUAGUGUUUGGAUCGUGGCGUACGCAUUUGUUCCAGGCGGACCGUUGUUGAGGGAAAGAACCGACAUCGUUUUGGCUACCGCUGUGCUUCUGAUUUUUGUUGGGGUUGCAAACUACAAUCUCAGAAAAGAUGAGAUUACAAAGAUCAGUUUUUACAGUAGCAAAACCGUCAAACAGAUAUCCACUAUAACUACAAUUCUCUUGGCAGUUGCAUUGUCUACUUCGAUCAAGAGGUGGCCAACAGGCUUGGGAAACCCAUAUCAUCCAGAGACUGAAACAUUCUCUGCUGGUAUAUGGUGCGUUCAUUUUGGAUUGGAUAACGAUAUGUGGUCAUCUGAAACGAGAAUGAGAGAUCUCAUAAAGGAUGCAGAGUUAGAUAUUAUUGGACUCUUGGAGACCGAUACUCAACGAUUGAUUGGUGGUAAUCGAGAUUUCACUCAAAAGAUUGCUGAGGACUUGGGAAUGUAUGUUGAUUAUGGGCCUGGUCCAAAUAAGCACACUUGGGGAGCGGCAUUGUUGUCCAAAUUCCCCAUUGUACAAUCAACUCAUCACCUUUUGCCUUCUCCAGUCGGUGAGUUAGCACCAGCCAUACAUGCAACGUUGGACAUUUACGGCAAUUUAGUCGAUGUUGUUGUGUUCCAUUCGGGCCAAGAAGAAGAUGUUGAGGAUCGUAGGCUACAAAGUUUGGGAGUUGAAGAAAUUAUGGCCAAUUCAGAAAGACCAUUGGUAUUGUUGAGCUAUUUGGUCACUGAUCCAUUGGUUGGAAAUUACAAUACUUAUGUUUCGGAAAAAUCAAGGAUGCAUGAUAUUGACUCUACUGAUUGGGAUCGUUGGUGUGAAUAUAUACUUUUCCGAGACUUGAGAAAGAUUGCAUAUGCAAGGAUUUCAAGAUCAACAAUCACCGACACUGAGUUGCAGAUUGCCAAGUUCGGAUUUGGAGGAUUUGAAAAUCAUGAUUAUCAUUUCGUCGACGAGGAUUUGGUGGAUGAAAACUUGAGAAUGCCACAGCUUUUCAAAGGAGAUGGUGUGAGAGGACAUCGGUACCAUGUUUUUGAUGAACCAAGGUAUUUUGCACCAGGAAAAGAAUAA